UGUAACGAAACACCCAAUAAUGGUAAAAACAUCAAAAUGUACUCUGUGUCGUACAAUCUUGGGUGCAAUUUUGUUGUUUGACAUCUGACUUUUGAUUCAUUUGGUUGUCUUCGAUCCGUUUUGGAUUACGAAAAACAAAAACACUAAAAAAUUAUUGGUACUUUUAGGCAACACGUUGAAAAUAAUUUAGAAAUAUAAAAUAAAUUUAAUAAACAUAGCAAAAGACAUGCAAGAUGUCAGGAAAAGAGCCAAAAGUAAGGAUAAAGAUGCGUGUGAAAGAGACAUUGCGAAAAGUAAUGAAAAUAAUGUAAAUAAUGAUAAAAGACCAACUACAAAGAGAAACAUAUCAUUAAGAAUAAUUUCUCGUGUGGUGGUUAUUUUUUCUCUACUCAUAGUAGUUUACUUUUCAUCUAAAAAUGAUAAAGUAAGAACCUUUGCCAAGCAAUCGGAAUUACUACCAGGCAAGGGCUUGGUUGUCGACUGUUCUCCAUCAUACAAGGAGGAAGUGGAAAAAUAUGAGGGCUGUGUUCCUAAGGAAUGCAAAAGAUUCAUCACAGAUAAAGUGAUAUCAGUGCGAGAAGCAGAAGAACUACUGGCUAUAGCAAAGAAGGGCCUCAAGCUGGGAGGUUCCUCUGGUGGGGCUUCAAUCCUAGAUUUACAUAGUGGAGCUCUAUCUAUGGGGCAGCACUUUGUCAACAUUUACAAGCGUGAGGAUGCUAAACACAUAUUCAGUGAAACUGACUUUAAUAUUUAUAGAGUAAUCAAAGAGAAAAUUAAAUAUGCUGUGGCUCAUCACUUUGGAGUAAAACCUAACAAAAUAUAUCUGACACAUCCAACAUUUUUCUCUGAAAUAACGUCCAAGAAAGCAGUCACCAUGCAUGAUGAAUAUUGGCAUCCUCAUGUCGAUAAAGAAACAUAUAAAUCAUUCCACUACACAACUCUGUUAUAUCUUGGUGAUUACAACAUCGACUUCAAAGGUGGAAGAUUUGUAUUUGUUGAUGACAAAUUUAACAGAACAGUAGAACCAAGAAAAGCCCGUCUCAGUAUGUUCACCAGUGGCCGUGAAAAUUUCCACUAUGUUGAAAAGGUGACAUCUGGCAUCAGAUAUGCAAUGACCAUAUCAUUCACCUGUGAUCAGCAAUAUGCUAUUCAAGAUCCUAGUACAAAUAAUAUAUAAAGUCUAACAUUCCAAUUGUAUAA